UUCGCCAUGUUGGCCAGGCUGGUCUUGGACUCCUGACCUCAGGUGAUCCUCCCACCUCGGCCUCCCAAAGUGCUGGGAUUACAGGUGUCAGCCACUGUGCCCAGCCGCCUUACAGCUUUAGGAGCAAACGACUGUAUACAGACCAUGUUUUGAGACUUCCAAACUGAGUCUUGAGUUCAUUAAGGGAUCCAUCAUAGUGAUAGCUAUAGCUGUUACAGCGUUUAUAUGCCAGGCGCUGUUUGGACACGCUACAUGUAUUAACCUGUUUAACUCUCAUAACAUUCCUAUGAGGUACAGACUGUUAUCAUACUUACUGCACAGAUGAGAAAAUGGAGGCAGAGAGGGAGGGUAAGUAAUUUGCCUGAAGCCAAAGAGUAGGAUACCAGAGAUGGGCUCCAGAUUUUGUUGCUUUCAACCACUUGCUAUAUUGCCAAGGUGGAAUUAAAGCAUUUCAAAGAAUGCCUCCUCCCUCACUUUGGCGAGAGUAGUGUUUUAACGGUGUCUGUACUGUGGACAUUUUUCCUGUCCUUACCGCUCCAGAAACUAAUAGUGCUCCCUGUCCCGGUGUCUUCGUUGCACAUUUGCCUUCCCAGUCUGGAGUCCACUCGGCUUCAAGAUCCUCUCUCCUCCCCGUGGGUCUGAGCAAGGCUUUAAUGCUCUUUUAAGUAACAGCGAAAUAGCCGUAUGUCUCCCAGGUAGAGUGGUUCUAAAUUUUUGGUAGCCAAUGUGCGCUGAGGAACAGCGGAUUCAGCCCAGGGAGGCUCCAAGCUGAGCCGUGGGUGGAGCCAGCGGAGGGGGCGGAAUGAGUCGCGGUGGCGUACCUACUGUGUGCCCUGUGCGCUGCCUGGAGCGGAACUAUGAGCUGGACCUGUCCGCGUUGCCAGCAACCGGUUUUCUUCGCUGAGAAGGUGAGCUCCCUGGGCAAGAACUGGCACCGCUUCUGCCUGAAAUGUGAGCGCUGUCACAGCGUCCUGUCUCCUGGCGGGCAUGCAGAGCACAACGGGAGGCCAUACUGCCAUAAGCCAUGCUAUGGGGCUCUCUUUGGACCCAGGGGGGUGAACAUUGGUGGUGUGGGCUCCUACUUGUACAACGCCCCCACUCCCAGCCCUGGCAGCACCACUCCUCUCAGCCCCAGCAGCUUCAGCCCUCCCAGGCCAAGGACUGGCCUCCCCCAAGGCAAGAAAAGCCCUCCCCAUAUGAAGACAUUCACUGGAGAGACCUCACUGUGCCCUGGUUGUGGGGAGCCCGUCUAUUUUGCUGAGAAGGUGAUGUCAUUAGGCAGAAAUUGGCACCGACCCUGUCUGAGGUGCCAGCGUUGCCGCAAGACCCUGACUGCUGGGAGUCAUGCCGAGCAUGACGGAGUCCCCUACUGCCACGUCCCCUGCUACGGCUACCUGUUUGGCCCCAAAGGUGUGAACAUUGGCGAUGUGGGCUGCUACAUCUAUGACCCAGUGAAGAUAAAAUUCCAAUGAGACGCUCACAGAAAAGGUCACCCUAACUCAGGCCUCCCAUCAUGCCCCUCAUGAUCCAAUGGGAGCUACAAAAAUCUCCAGUCCCAUGGGGGUUGGGGAUGGUGGGAUCGUGGGGACCUGGGCCUAGGUUCCAUGGUAGGCCAGAGAGUCCAGACUUUCUCUGCCAAUUUUUCCCUUUCCCAUUUCUAUCUGGUUAGUGAACAGCACAUUUUGAAAGGUAUCCUCCUCCUGGCCAUCACAACCCCUUUCCCCAGCACAUUCUAGAGCUUCAAGGUAGUCAUAAAACUUGUGUUUAUUGAAUUUCUGCCUCUCUGGCUUCUCCAAUAAAAUGUUGGCUCCCAUGCCUUCAACUCUUCUUUGGGCAUGAGACCAGUGGGUUGGAGGAUGGGGAGUGUGGGGGUUGGGAUGACAUGCAUUGCCCUGCAGGGUGCCUCGGAGGUAGCAGGGCCAGCCAUGAGAACAAAAAGCUAUGUUCUUUUUGUCCCUUGGGCCUGGCAUUGGCAGUCCUAGCACCACACAGUAGACGGCAUGCCCACUAGCCCCAUUGGUACCAGAAGUCUCAUAUGCUAGUCCUUUCUUUAGCACCAUCUCUAGAAGAAGCAGAAGCACCUUAUUCAGUAACUCAUUUGAGCAUGGCAACAGAUCCUAUGGUAGAACCUGCCAAGAGGCUUCAUUAUCCAUUUGGGAGAUGAACAGACUGAGGCCCAGAAAGGGAAAGCCACAUGCCCAAGGUCACACAGCAAGUUAAUGAUGAAGGUGUUUUCAGAGCCGAGGGCAGACUUGGUGGCUUCCUAUCCAGGGCUCUUCCCACAGCUCUUCACCACUGCCCCAACCCAAGGGGCACCUUUAUUUACAGAAUCCUCCCCAGCCAUGAGAGGAGUGCCCAGCAGCCACUGCAUUCUGGGAAGUCAACUGUUCCUA